GAUGAUCGAGGAGCGAUUUGACGUUAAGGUUUAUGGCAAUUGGCAAAUCUGUGAUUCGAUUCGUUGAUUUUUCUAUUUUGUGGGUUAAAGAGUAAGUUCUGAAAUUAUUUCAGUAUUGUUGUUGUUAUUAAAAGAUAUAUAAUAUAAGAAAAUAUUUAAGCCAAGAAGUAUAAUAGAUAUUGUUACACACUGUUAAUAAUGAAUGAUAAGAGUUUAUAAAGAAGGUGAUAUUCAUUGUGAAAGAGGGCUUUAAAGUGUUGCAAAUGUGUGACAGAUACCCUGGUUAUUUCUAUGGAGGCACACCAUUCAGCAGUUGGGAUAGAAGCUAUAAUACCUUGGAGAAUCAAAUCCAACAGCAAUACAGAGGUAGACCGAACCCGAAUCCAGGGGCACACAGGUUCUGGGGCAGCAUGUCGGACGGCGGGGGCAUCUCCAUCGCGGGCGGCGACUCGAGCAAGACAAACCUGAUAGUCAACUAUCUGCCCCAAACCGUCAAUGAGAAGGAUCUAUACGCUAUGUUCGUGAGCAUUGGACCGAUCGAGAGCUGUAGGGUUAUGAAGGACUUUAAGACUGGUUAUAGUUACGGGUUUGGUUUCGUGAACUACGCCCGCGAGGAGGACGCGGCGCGAGCGAUCGAGACGUUUAAUGGAUAUCAACUUAGGAAUAAACGGUUAAAGGUGUCGUACGCCCGUCCGUCCGGCGACGACAUCAAGGAGACGAACCUGUACGUGACGAACCUGCCGCGCGCCAUCACCGAGGAGCAGCUCGAGACGAUAUUCGGCAAGUACGGCCGGAUCGUGCAGAAGCACAUACUGCGGGACAAGAACAACGGCUCGCCGCGGGGGGUCGCCUUCGUUAGAUUCGAUAAGCGGGAAGAAGCCCAAGAAGCAAUAGCAGCGUUGAAUAACGUGAUACCAGAGGGCGGAACUGAGCCGCUGUGUGUAAAGGCCGAGGGGGAGGCUCGGCGGGGGGAGCGCGCAUAUAACUGCCGCGCGAGCCUGCGGGCGAGCCGGCCGCGCCUGCACAGCGACACCACGGUAGCAGAGGAGCACGGCAAACAGAAGGCGGCGUACUACGCCGGCUGGUCCGCGGGUUUUCAUCAAAGCCGAGCACCGCCCGUGAUCCCCCAACGCCACCACAGCCUCGACCAGCUGGACAUGAUCCACAGCCGCCACGAUUAUACGGCCAACUAUGGGAUGUACAACACGAUGAACAACCGGAUGUACCGCCGGGACUAUUACAACCAGCCGUCUUAUCACCAUCGUCCAUUUUGAAAAGGGCUGUACUGCAAGAAAUUCCGCCUGUCCGAUACGAGGAUAUAGGCGGGGACUUUUGUUUUCGCUAGUGUUUAGUGUCGGUGUUGUGGGGGGGUCGGAAGUUUGGUCCUCCGAAGAUCCGUGGGUCCAAAAGGUCUAUUUGAUGUUUGUUAUGUUCGCGCGUCGGUCGGUUUGUGUUCCGGUACGAAUGUAAGUAUGAGCUGUGUGUAAUUCCGCUGUGCCCCUAUGUUUUGUCCGUAAUGAUCCCCUGGUAAUGUAAAUGUUUUGUAUGAGAUCGGUGUUAAUGAACGUGUUACCUCUUACUUGUCCCACAACACUGCAAUGUAUAGUCAUCAUUUCGUACCUACUUAUAUUUGUGGUCUUAGUGUACUCAUCACAAAAUUUAACAGACGGACUAAAGUCAAUUGUAUUAUUUCAUGACAUAAAGGCUACUUUUCUUUGCGGUACUUCUCAAUAUUUGGAACGGGAAACAGAUGUUACGGAAGCUAGUUUUAGACUGAUUAAUGUUCGGAAAAUGUUAAAUGGGCAAAGUAACUAUUACCGCUAGAUGUCGUUAAAUACAUUUUUGUACUUCGAAACGUUUUAAUUCUAAGCGUGUAAAAGUUUAAUUAGUUAACGAGGGAUAUUAGGCAAUUGUAAGUAAUAAUAAUUUCACGAUACGUAACGGUCGUAGUAAAUUUCUCAGCACUGUAUUCAAGAGUAAACGUUGGGACCUUGUACCCGCACAAAAUUUGUUGUUGACUUUCUUCUAGAACUUUUUAAAUUGUAAGAUGUUCUUAAAUAAUUGGACGUUAUCCUUAAUGGAGUAAUGGUGGAAGAGAGAUAUUAAAUAGUGAACCGUUGAAUGAUUCUGACUUGAUUUUGUAGGAAAAAAAGUAACCAAUGGCUGUUGUUCAAAUAUUGCGGGUAGGAAUUAAAUUGAGAAAUUUAAUUUUCUUGGAUCGUUUGACUUCGGAUUAGGAAGAUAUAGAAAUUCUGACAAGAAAUUUAAACUCAUUUUUUUGUUUAACGAAAAUUUUUAACACUCACUAAUUUGGUCACCUGUUUGCCCAAAAUGAAAGAAAUCUUUCAGAAAUCCUCAAAUGUACAAUUUUUGGUGUCAAUAUGACGCUCGGUGCUUCUCUCUGCCUUACACGGAUUCGUAUGAGCGACUAGCAGUUUUCACAAUAAUAACUCUUUUCCACUAUUCAACGAUAUUUAGACUAGUUACAAGUCUUAUGAAUUUUUAAUGGCAAUAGAUGGGUUACUGUUAGAUGAUUCUGUUAUGUGAAUUAUUUAGACAAGUACAUGAUAUAUGGCAUUGUACCUCUCGGUUCUAGAAUAACUGAAUGUCAAUUUGUAUUCUGCAGCACCGUUGCUCUAAGUACCAUUACCAAGUUUCUGAACAGGAAUAUUAUAGUAUGCAGGAAAAUAAUGGAAGUAGUUGUUGACCAUAGCUUCGCCCUCGAGGUCAUAUAAAUUUUUCAUUUCCUAUUUUAUU